UUCUGUUUAACACAGCCUUGACGCAAAUCCCAAAGAAAUCUUAUCCGUCCACCGCUUCAACCCUCUAAUCCAGCGGUACAAAUUCCCUUUUCUAAUCCAGAAACCCUAAAAUCUUCCUCCGCAAACCCAUAUACAAACCACCUACUUCACUCUCUCUCCCUUAAGCCUUCUUUUCUGCUCUCUGUAGAAAAUUUCCUACUUUUUCUGAUUCGUUAACCAUGUCGGACGAGGAGCAUCACUUCGAGUCAAAGGCUGAUGCCGGCGCCUCCAAAACUUUCCCUCAGCAGGCUGGUACCAUCCGUAAGAAUGGUUACAUUGUUAUCAAAGGACGCCCUUGCAAGGUUGUUGAAGUUUCAACCUCCAAGACUGGAAAGCAUGGUCACGCUAAAUGUCACUUCGUUGCGAUUGACAUCUUCACUGCGAAGAAGCUUGAGGAUAUUGUCCCCUCUUCCCACAAUUGUGAUGUUCCUCAUGUUAAUCGCACUGAUUAUCAGCUUAUAGACAUCUCUGAGGAUGGAUUUGUGAGCUUGCUAACUGAAAAUGGGAGCACUAAGGAUGAUUUGAGGCUUCCAACUGAUGAAAAUAUGUUGAAGCAGAUCAAGGAUGGAUUUGCUGAGGGGAAGGACCUUGUUGUGAGUGUUAUGUCUGCAAUGGGAGAGGAGCAGAUUUGUGGCCUUAAGGAUAUUGGCACCAAGUAGCUGUUUAAUUUAUGUGCAAUGAUUUCAUAUUCAAUGAGACAGACUUGAUAUUAUUAGAUUAGUAAAGGAUGGGAGGACCGUGUGCCAUCUCAUUCAGGAUUAUACAAACUGAAUAAUUGAUGGUUCAUGUCCUUGACUACCGAGAGGCUACUCGUCCCAUCUCAUAAGGUUCUCUUGUUUCACCGUUCUUUGAACUGAUGAGAUGUUUAUCUUUAUUGCCCUGUUUUAUUUCUACAGUUGUCUCUUUGUUGUACAUCUUUUGUUGUUGGUUACUAUUUGUUUUGGGCUAAUUUGGAAUUGCAACAUGGAAAUUUUGUUGAGUUGAAA